AUGUCUAACUCAAUGCACCCCUUCAGCGUCGCCGCCGACAGCACUGGUGAGUAUCGUUACACGCUGCCAGGGGCAAUUCAACAGUGGGCUGAUACCCUUCCGCAACCUGGAGAGGAGCAAGACGACAACAAUCCCGUGGAGCCCGAUUUUGGCCGUCAGGCUAGUCGUCGCUCUCAACCUGGCGCUCCCAUGGAGUCCAACUUUGCCCGUGAGGCCAUGCGCCGCUCUCAACUUGGUGCACCCAGGGAGAGCUUUGCCCGUGAGGCCAUGCGUCGCUCUCAACUCGGUGCUCCCAGGGAGUCCAGCUUUGCCCAUGAGGCCAUGCGUCGCUCUCAACAUGGUGUGCUACCACAGCAGCACCUGACACCUCAGCAGUAUGAGCAAUAUUUUGAGCCGCCUCGCCACAGACGCAGCCCUUCUCCCAGCCCCUCUCCCACCCGUGGACGCAUGAGACAUCGUGAGGGUGAGCAUCACGGUCAAGACCAUCACCAAUUCGAUGCGCCUCCUCAGUACGCCAUGGGUGCACCGGAAGGUCACAUGCCCCAGGGACUUCAGAUGGCUCCUCCGGGAUACCAGAUGGCUCCUCUGGGACUUCAGAUGCCCCCUCCAGGAUAUGGAAUGGAUUCUCCAGGAUAUGGAAUGGAUUCUCCAGGUCAAUUUCCAGCUCCUCAGGGGUUCGGGCAAGCUCCUCAGGGGUUCGGGCAAGCUCCUCAGGGGUCUUUUAUGCCUGAGCGUCGCUCUCGCCGCCAUCGCUAG